CCGAACACAACAAGUCAAAAUGAAUACUGUAUUAAAUAUAUUACUAUUAAUCAGUUUCUAUUUCUUGGCUGUAACUUUGCACCUGGUUUGGUGCGAUGAUGUACCCUCAGCUGAGGCAGAGAUGGUUAUAACCCAGAGUGAACCACGGCACUCCACCCCCGAUGACUUUGAUAUUUGACCCCAGUUAUCGAUACCAUAAAAAACCCUAAAAUGGUUUAAUAAAUAAAUUAUCUAUCAGCAGCGCA